UUGAUGAUUCGUCUUGAAUGUGGUUAACUUUGAUAUGCUUCUUUAAUUCUUUGUCUUCGCUUCUUUAUGCACUGUUGUCUGUUGUUGGCCUUGAUUUCCCCUCACUGCCUUGGCUUGUUGGUCUUGUCUGCAAGACGUAAUUUGUCCUCGUGCCCCUGUCUGGACUGGUGGUCGAUGACUCUUUCGUGCAGGAGAUCAGCAGCAACUUAAUAUCAAGGGUCUGCCUUCUCUUGUGAUUGUUGGAUGUUGGUGUUGGCUGCCUGGGAGUUGUUGGUGUGCUUCUUUCGUGUCUAGCCUUCUCAUACUAUAUCAUGAUUUCUCUCCUUCACUCUUCGAGUUGACUCUAUCAUCUUCUUUGGCUGCCCUCUAUCAUCGACUGGAAUAAAUCCCAAGCACACUCUCCCAUCAUGACAGCGUUGAACCCAUUCCGCAAACAUGACUCGCGCAAACCCCUCCAUGCCAGAUGGGGGGAUGUCGCCAUCUCCGCCCCGACAGAAGGCUCAUGGAGCCAAUACAACAACCCUCAUCAAUCAUCCCAUCGGAAACUGGGAUACGGUCCAGGGUUUGUACCCGACUGCUCUCCUCGCUCUCGACAGUCAUCAGACGAGGAUGAGACUACCUCGACGGAUACAACGCCUUCAUCCCGCCGCAACUCCUUUUCCAUCAGCACAUUAAACCCUCGUCGGUUGUCGAUGCGUCUUGGCCCUCGUUCUAAGGCUGCUGCACCAGACACCCAUCAUGACGAGGACGACCGACUACGACACUUUGCAGAUCAGAGGUCGGAGUUUGCAUACAAACCCAUCCGACAAGAUUAUCUCAACGAGGUGGCUGAGAAGACAACCGCCCAGCACCAUGACCGCCGGGCUUCACGAUUCCGGUAUAUCCCAGCCAGCACACGAUAUAACGAAGAACUGGGAUCACUCCCACCCCGCAGCCCCUCGGUCAGCUCCCGUGGGAGUUCGAGAAAAUACUCGGUCGAAGUUGAACCCGUGCAUGGCCAUGAGUAUGGAAGUGGCUACUAUGAUGACGAAAACGACUACUGCGAUGAUUAUCGGUCCUCCUCGCGAUCGAGUCACAAAAACAGCUUUGAUCCGCGUAGGGCAUCAGGCAUACAAGGUGGACGGGUGGUGGUUGCGAAUCCGGCAGUGGGAAGGAAGAAGGCGUCCUCGCGGUUGACCAUGACCAUGGUGCCGGAUGCAGAGGAUCUAUACGAAUGAUUGAUUUGGCUUGAUUUGAUAUACUAGGUAUUGUUGUUUUGUUUUGGUUGAUCAGAAUGACUGAACUUAAUGCAAGGCGUUGGUGGUUAUCCCGGUUUUCAUGUAGAUGAUAGUAUAUACGAGUCGUACGAUGAUGAGAUUAUUUGACAAUGCAUCUACAUUUUCACAACUAUUCUUGACAUUAUUAUUAAAACAUCCCUAUAAUAAUAAAUGAAAUAUCC